CCAGCUCCUUAUCCUGUCCCCUUUCCCUUCCCUCCCCUCUCUCUCUCUCUCUCCCUCCCCCUCUUGCUCGCUCGCGCACCGAGAUUUCUUGUCCUGUGCUACCAGCCUGGUUCCGCGCGGCGUCGCUUCCUCCUGCCGCCGAUCGAUCCGGGGCGCCGGAGUCCGAGAUUCGCCGGAGCCUUGGCCUGGCUGGGUGGCUGGUUGGUUGAUUGAUUGAUUGUGUUGGUUUGGUUGGUUGCGGUUAUGUCCACGGCGGUGGCGGCGGGGAUCCCGCCGGCGCACGGCGGCUUCCGGGGGUCAGAGAAGGGGAAGCCGGAUCCGGACGACGCGGACAGCAGGAGGAGGAGGAAUACUAAUGGAUUCUUUGCGGAAGAGGAGGAUGAGGAGGAGGAGGAGGAGGAGGAGGAGGAGGAGGAGGGGGUUGGUGAGGCGGCGGUGAGGAGGAGGGGGGACGAAGAAGAGGAGGAGGAGGCGCUGUCGGAGAGCUCGUCGAUCGGGGCGGCGUCGUCGGACAGCUCGUCCAUCGGGGAGAACUCGGCGUCGGACAAGGAGGACGACGGGGACGAGGAGGUGGAGAGCAAGGUCGAGGGGCUCGGCAUGAUGGGGCUCGGGACGCUCGAGUCCUUGGAGGACGCCCUGCCCAUCAAGCGCGGCCUCUCCAACUUCUACGCGGGCAAGUCCAAGUCGUUCACGAGCCUGGCGGAGGCCGCGGCGACGGCGGCGGCCAAGGAGAUCGCCAAGCCGGAGAACCCGUUCAACAAGCGCCGCCGCGUGCUGGCGGCGUGGAACCGGCGGCGCGCGUCCUGCAGCGCGCUGGCCACGGCGUACCUCCCGCCGCUCCUCGCCCCCGACCACGCCGUGGUGGAGGAGGAGGACGAGGAGGGCGCGGACGACGACGACGACGACGACGAGGACCAGCAGCCGGGCGGCUCCCGCGGCGGGCUCAGGAGCAGGAGGCCGCCGACGUUCCCGUCCCCGCGGCUGAGCGUGCACACCACCGGCGGCCAGAUGGGGAGGAACCCGCACGCGAGCUCGUUCAGGUCCCCGAGGUCCUUCUCCAUGACCGACCUCCAAAACGCGGGCUAACUAGCAGCAAAGAUUGGAGCAGCUUCCUCCUCCUCCUCCUCCUCUCUUGAUCUUUAGGCGUGAGAGAUGUUGUUACUGCUACUGGUGCUACUGCCACUGCUACUAUAUAAUCAAGAUAUAUAUAAGAAGAAACUCCAUUCCUUGUGCUUGUUGCCGGUCCGGCUGUUGAAUGCCGAUGAGUCCUCGCUACUGAUUGAAUCUCGCAUGAACA